AUGACAAAAUCUGAACCAGUUGACUUCUACGAGGUCCUCGAUCUCCCGUUUACGGGCUCGUCCUCGGUCCCUUCGAAACAGCAGAUCAAGGUUGCUUACCACAAAGCGCUCUUGAAGUACCACCCGGACAAAGCUGGCAGUGCGCUUGCCAAAAAACCGCCUGCUGCGAAGGCAUCCGUAUCUGCCUGCGACUCACCACAAACACAUACAUUUACGGUCGACGAAAUCACGAAUGCGUACAAGACGCUGUCCGAUCCAGUCCAGCGAGCGGAAUAUGACCGUGCGUUGCGUCUCCAGCGCCUAAGAUCGGGAGAGAAGCUGAAGAGUGCGGACGCUUUUCACACGGGCUUGGAAGUCGUGGAUCUUGAGGAUUUGAACUACGAGGAGGGACCGGAGCCAAAUGGAGACACACAGGAUGAGUUGGAAGAACCUGGUGCUUACUGGUAUCGCGGCUGCAGGUGCGGAGAUGAGAAGGGAUUUGUGGUGACAGAGGAGGAACUGGAAAGGGAGGCUCAGCAUGGCGAGAUCGUGAUCGGGUGCCGUGGAUGUAGUCUGUGGAUGAAGGUUCUCUUUGCUGUCGCGGAGGAAGGCGAUGUUCAAUCAGUGGAUAUUGAUACUGGACUUUCAGGUCGAGUUCCUUCUGUGCAACGGGCUUGUUGUCAACAGAGGUGCCUGCCUAGUUUAUAUCAUAUUGCCAUUCUUAGCGAAGCGCGCGCGUUGCAGCAAACUCCCGUCUCGCGGGGGACGGAACUUCCAACCAAACCUGCCAAUUCUUCCCCUCCACCGCCAGGGUCUCCUUUGCCUGCCGCCAAGAUGUCGAGUCUCGUCAACAUAUCAUCAAAGGAGCAAUUUAGCUCUCUUCUAUCGUCCUCGACGAUAGUGGUCACAGACUUUUACGCAGACUGGUGCGGACCAUGUAAGGCGAUCGCACCUAUGUACGAGCAGCUGGCGAACCAGCUGUCUCGUCCGAAUCGGAUCACUUUUACCAAGGUCAAUGUUGAUCAACAACAAGAGAUAGCGAGAGCGUAUGGCAUCACAGCGAUGCCAACGUUCAUGGUCUUUAAGAACGCUCGAGUCGUGUCGACCGUCCGAGGCGCGGAUCCCAACAAGCUCUCCGAGGUGGUUCGGAAACUGGCAUCUGAGGCGAACGCUGUCGAGAGCGGUGGUUCAGGAGAAGGCUUUGGCGAGUCGAGCGGAGGACCAAGUGGCUGGGUCGGCGCAGCUGUUCCCAAGAACUACAACGACGUUACGGACCAGGUACAGAUCAAGGACAUCGACGUUCUGAACCGCGACAGCGAGAAAGGAUCUGCGAAGGUGCUCUUCGACACGUCGAAACCGUCUGCUCUGACAGCCAGCGGCGGGGACAAGGGAAAGGCCAAGGCAGGCGAGGGUGCCGACUGGGUCGAGAGCGACACGGACGAGCAGCUGAUGCUCUACGUGCCGUUCCAGUCGACGCUGAAAGUGCACUCCCUGCAGGUCACGUCGCUGCCGCCUAGCUCGGCCGGCGAGGGCGAGGACGAGGACGAACUGCCGAUGCGGCCGAAGACGCUCCGUCUGUACACCAACCAUCCGCACAUCCUGGGCUUCGAAGAGGCGGAGGACAUCGAGCCGGUGCAGACGGUGACGAUCGAGCCGCAGGACUGGGAUAGCAAGACGGGCACGGCCAAGGUGGAGCUGCGGUUCGUCAAGUUCCAGAAGGUUACCUCGCUGGUCAUCUUCUUCGUGGACGGGGACGGGGACCGCGAGAAGAUCCGGGUGGACCGGCUGAGGGUGUUUGGUGAGACUGGCGAGAAGAGGGAGAUGGGUAAACUGGAGAAGAUUGGCGAUGAGCCGGGGGAGUAG